AUCAUUUCUUGUGUUUUAAUCACGUGGCUUAGCAAACACGGAACCCUGUCACUCGUCGGCCAAAGCAAACUUAAUUUCCAAAGUUAAAAUUUCUCUUCUGUUUCCUUUUUUAUACGGUCUAAAGCAAUUUACACGUUUAAAUAGCUUUGCGUGCUAUUGCGUAGUACUCCACGUGUUCUUCGAUGAUACGAGUUUUUCGGAACGUCAGACACCUGUCUACUGCUCCAAUGAAACAAACUGAACUGUCUGUACCUGUCCCCUGGGGAGAGAUCAAAGGGAAAAUUUGGGGUCCUGAUCAUGGCCGUCCUGUGCUGUGUUUACAUGGCUGGGCUGACAACUGUGGUAGCUUCAACACUCUUAUUCCCCUUCUUCCUAAAGAGUGCCGAUAUGUGGCGGUGGACCUGGCAGGUCACGGUCUUUCCUCGCAUCGUCCCCCUGGCGUCUUUUACACCUUUCCUUCAUAUGUGUCUGAUAUUCACAGAGUUGUUGACACUCUCUGCUGGCGUAAGUUCUCCAUCCUAGGCCACAGUAUGGGAGGUAAUAUUGCUGGAAUGUUCAGUGCUCUUUUCCCUGAGAUGGUGGAAGCUUGUGUAUUGCUGGACUCUUAUGGAUUCUUACCCACUGAUCCGAAAGACGUGCCUGAAAUAAUGCGGCGGGGGAUGAAUGGCAUUCUUGAGUUUGAAAAGAAGCCCGAGAAGAGUGAGCGAGUUUACACUUAUGAGAAAGCAGUUGAGAGGCUGUUGGCAGCAAACCCAAGUCUGUCCGAGGCGUCUGCGUGCAACCUUUUAGAACGCGGUCUUGUACAAGUUGAGGGAGGAGUUGUCUUCUCACGUGACCUCCGUAUCAAUUUGAAAAACAUAGCUCGUAUCACCUUGGAGCAGAGUUUGGAAUUGCUCUCGAGGAUACGAGCCUCCGUUCUGGUGGUUCUUGCGGAUGAAGGCUUUGAGAAAAUAUUUUCAGAACCAGACCAAAAGAAAUUUACAUCAGAGCUUCUGCUGGGCUAUAGACACAAAAAUCAUUCAGUGGUGAAGGUACCUGGCGGCCAUCAUGUUCAUCUGAAUAACCCCGAGGUGGUUGCUCCAUUAGUGUGUGAAUUCCUCCAGAGCAAAGUCUUAUCAACGACGGUCAAUGCGGACAAAGUCACUCCUAAGCUGUAAGGAAGUACACAGAGCAUGCAUUGAUGACACUGAUCAUUUCUACUUUACUAAUCUCCAAGUUGCCAUGUUACUUGAGGUAAACAAUUUUUCAUAUUUGUAAUAAAUACGUGUUGUUGCCUCAUGUGGAACUUUUUUUUUCUUGGUUUCCGACUCGUUACUAGGCCAUCUAAAACUUCAGCGAUAAAUUCCGUAGACAUUCCUGACACUGCGAAAAACACAUUCUCACAUUCCAGGCCCUUCGGCUACAAUCAAUAUGGGAAGGCAGCCUCUUCAUGUCUUUGGUCAUGUUUUCUUUCUGUCUGCUUGAUUAUUUUUAUUUUAUUUAUUUUUUUGUCUGGCCACUGACUCGUGCAGAAUCAGACAGCGGUUGCCAUAUCACCUGCUACCCCACUGCCUUUGAGCAACCCUUUUAAAUCACUGACUUUGAAGUCUCCUGCCAUUAAUAUUUCAGAGGUUGCAUGAAUAAAUCAAAAGGCAAAGAGCUGUGGAAAGCAGCAGCACCACAGCGGCUCAGGGGCUGCACAUUAGCAAGGUGGUCCAGCUGCUUUGGUCUGUGGAGGAUUUCUCAUUUGCAUCGCAAGCAUUUUGCAUCCUUGAAUUCUACUUCUUUUGUCUCACAAGGCUUUCAAAAGCUGCGGCCAAAUGUCCCAAUGCGUUUGAGGAGUUUUGUUUUUGCUUUACUAUUUAAAUGGACAAACCUUGGAUCAAAAUGCCUGGAAAAAAUAUGUGCAUGUAAGGCCAGCUCUUGGAUUUUGUAAUGUUUGCUUAAUCUAAAGGAUGUAUUUAAAUUAAAUAAAAAUAGCAGUAUCGCAAACCUUGAACCCACAAUGAAGUUUACUGGACAUACCAUCUCUCCCUGUCCUUUUUCUCCAGUUGGGCAGCGACCACUUCAAGAUAAAACUGCAUUUAAAUCUC